CCGCCGCCUCCCCCCGCCCGGCACCCGUGGCAGCGGCAGCGCGGGCUCCGCCGGCGGCGCCGGCACUCCGGGACUUGCCUAUGCUUCAAAAUGAAAGUGAGGAAGAAGAAUCCCCAAAAGUAUUAAUUUGAACAAUAAUUAUUGCUUAGAGUGAGUGAAGGAAGUUGGAAGUGAGUACAUAUUGGGAUUUGGGAAGAGCUCUUCCUGUGGUCAGAAAAUCUUGUAUAUAUUUGGCAAGUACGCUGCUGUUUUUCUUUCAAGUUACUAAUCUCACUGACUGCUGGAAUAGUGGAAUUACAUGUUAACCUCCAACCUCCAUGAUGCAGUUGUGUUUUCUUCCUUCUGUCAUGGACAGCAACUGUUGGAAGAAUACCAUCUGUUCCUGAUGACUUGUUCUAUCAAUUUUGUGGAUUUUUGAUUGUCUGAUCUACAAACACUGUUGUUUGAGACAGACCAACACUGCUUCUGAUAAAGAAGAUACCUGAUUUAAUAUAAAUGAAGAAUGAUGCAAUAUUAAUGCUUUCUAUGUACAGCCUUAUAAGAAUCUUCUUUAAGGAGUUGCAGUAAGACAAACACUGAAAAUAAUUUUUUUCUGGUACAAUGUGUUGAAGCAGAGGAGCUGGAAUUGUCCACCUUUGUACAAGCUAAGAAAAUGUUUGCUGUUUUGUGAGUGGAAGCAGCUCUGGAGUGAAUUGUACUUCUGAAAAUGCGGCCAUGGACUGGUUCCUGGCGUUGGAUUAUGCUCAUCCUCUUUGCUUGGGGAACUUUACUGUUCUAUAUUGGUGGGCACCUGGUACGAGAUAGCGAGCACCCAGAUCACUCCAGCCGGGAAUUGUCCAAGAUCCUUGCUAAGCUGGAACGGUUAAAGCAGCAAAAUGAAGACUUAAGGCGCAUGGCAGAAUCUCUCAGGAUACCAGAUGGUCCCAUUGAUCAGGGACCAGCUGCAGGAAAGGUACAUGCUUUAGAGGAGCAACUUCUAAAGGCCAAAGAACAGAUAGAAAACUAUAAGAAGCGGACAGGAGAUGUAGAAGGCCUUGGAAAAGACCAUGAAAUACUGAGAAGGAGGAUUGAAAAUGGGGCUAAGGAACUUUGGUUUUUCCUCCAGAGUGAACUGAAGAAGUUAAAAAAUCUAGAAGGAAGUGAACUGCAAACACGCAUUGAUGAAUUUCUGUCUGAUUUGGGUCAUCAGGAAAGGUCAAUAAUGACCGACUUGUACUACCUCAGUCAAACAGAUGGAGCUGGAGAUUGGCGAGAAAAAGAGGCCAAAGAUCUAACAGAUUUGGUACAGAGAAGAAUAACUUAUUUGCAGAACCCGAAGGAUUGCAGCAAAGCUAAGAAACUUGUGUGUAACAUCAACAAAGGCUGUGGCUAUGGCUGCCAGCUUCACCACGUGGUGUAUUGCUUCAUGAUCGCGUAUGGCACGCAGCGCACGCUCAUCCUGGAGUCGCAGAACUGGCGGUACGCCACGGGCGGCUGGGAGACCGUGUUCCGGCCUGUCAGCGAGACCUGCACCGACAGGGCGGGCUCCACCACUGGCCACUGGUCAGGUGAAGCUAAUGAUAAGGAUGUUCAGGUGGUGGAACUUCCCAUUGUUGACAGCUUACACCCACGGCCACCCUAUUUGCCCUUGGCUGUCCCUGAAGACUUGGCUGAUAGACUAAUUCGUGUACAUGGGGAUCCUGCAGUGUGGUGGGUCUCACAGUUUGUGAAAUACUUGAUUCGUCCACAGCCUUGGCUAGAAAAAGAAAUAGAGGAAGCCACAAGGAAACUUGGUUUCAAACAUCCAGUGAUCGGUGUUCACGUCCGAAGGACAGACAAAGUAGGGACCGAGGCAGCAUUUCACCCCAUUGAAGAGUACAUGGUACAUGUGGAAGAGCGCUUUGAGCUUCUUGCUCGCAGGAUGCAUGUUGAUAAAAAAAGAGUCUAUUUGGCUACAGAUGACCCUUCCUUGUUGCAAGAGGCAAAAUCCAAGUAUCCAAAUUACGAAUUUAUCAGUGAUAACUCCAUAUCCUGGUCAGCAGGACUCCAUAACCGAUACACUGAAAACUCCCUAAGAGGUGUCAUUUUGGAUAUUCACUUUUUGUCUCAGGCAGACUUCCUGGUCUGUACAUUUUCAUCCCAGGUUUGUCGAGUUGCCUAUGAAAUUAUGCAGACGUUGCAUCCAGAUGCUUCGGCGUAUUUCCAUUCUUUGGAUGAUAUCUACUACUUUGGGGGACAGAAUGCUCACAACCAGAUUGCUAUUUAUGCUCAUCAUCCACGAACUGCUGAUGAAAUUCCUAUGGAACCUGGAGAUAUAAUUGGAGUAGCUGGAAACCACUGGGAUGGUUAUUCAAAAGGCAUCAAUAGGAAAUUAGGAAGAACAGGCCUGUACCCAUCCUAUAAAGUUAAGGAGAAAAUUGAGACAGUCAAGUAUCCUACAUACCCAGAGGCUGACAAAUAGAUUAAAAGGACGACAUUCAGCAGUUAUUAUAAAAAAACUCAGUAUUGAUUGGUUCAAACCAGUCAACAACACACUAUUUGUUUCUAUGGGAUUCGAAUUUGCAUUUUAUCAUGCGGUUAAAAUCAAAGCCUUUGCAAUGAAACUGGAGAAGAAGCUGAGAACAAGUGGAUGGGCUAUUGUCUGAACUUACUUUUAAAGAUUUUUGUUAUAUGCGCUCUCACACAUGCACACACAAACCCACGUACAACAGGAAAACUGUUGUUUUAUACUUCUUGUCUCUUUCCAGGAGUUGUCCCGGUCAUUAGUCUUACGUGAGCUUUGGGCUCUUUUCUCCACCAUUAAUUGACAAUAAUGUUCAGACUUAUAACACUGCCACAUUGUGUAAUUUGAGUGACAUGAACAUAUUUUGUAUGUGCAAAAUUUGAAACAUGGUGCCUAUAUUUGAAAAGUUUGUGACCUUUUUAGAAGAGCCAUGCCUGUUUCACAAUGGGCAAGAGUCCACUUUCAUCUGGUGUUACCGUGACCACUGAACUUGCUUCAAACAACAGAUUCAGAUUUCAGACUAGAUUUCUUUACAAGUUUGGGGUUUUUUUUAGCAUUCCAAUGAUUACUUCUCAUCAUUAAUAAAAUAAAGGUUACAUUCAACAA